AUGGCUGAUGCUAAUGUCAAUGAUGAGAUGCAGCCCGGGGUCCAGGGCCGGAGGCUUUCACAGGCUCAGGACGGCCAAGCAGAUUUUGACCUCGCGACAGUAUCGGCGAGUGUUGCCUUGGGCAUAAUUCUUCAGCAAGUCAAAUCACGUGGCCCUGAUGACGAGGGCACUUAUCUCAGAUUUUCCGGUGUCCGUCCACAAGUUUUCGAGAAUUUCUACAACAACCUCGAGCUUGACGAUCGCAACAGCCGUGUGACAUACUUGGGUGCGGACAGUGGCAUCCUCCUUGUCAAGAUGCCCAGUGAUGUACACGAGAUGGCCAAAGGCACUGCAAUUGGCUACAUGCUCGGUCAGGCAACUCACAUGGAUUUGCUAGACGAGAUUGUUCCGAUCGGAUCAGCUCGUUACGACUCGAUCACAGACACCGGCGCCGCCAAAGAACCUGACGACGGUUUCUCACCAACUCUACACCGCUUCAAAGGUGGCGAUUUCCCAACCUUCGUUAUUGAAGUUGCCUACUCUCAAUCUCUUCAAUGCACUGUCGAUCUAGAACUCUGGUCCCGUGGAGCGAGACAUCCGCAGAAAGCAACAGCCCACCUCAAGACCUCCGGUAAUCGUCCUCGCAACACAACCGCCUAUGACCCUUCAUUAUGGAACUACUCAGGCGUCCCAUUGCUCGUCAAAUUCCAGGAUAUUUUCCUACGCCCCAAACAAGGCCCAAAAGAGCAAGAUUUCGAGAUCGACAGCAAGAUCCUCAUCAUGAUAGCCACUCGAGUCUGGUUCAAACGUCAACAGCUACGCCGAAGGACCCUUGCUUCGAAGCGAGAAGAAGAAGGCUUGCAGUAUCAACAGCAGCAGCGUGACUUGCAGAAACGCAAAGUGCAGCAUGACCAAGAGCGCGAUCACCGCAUCCGACUGCGAGCGGAACAGCGGCUGCAGCGACAGCUUGCCGAGGCAGAGAGACGUGCCGAGAAGGUACGACAGAUUGCUGAGGAGUCAAAGAGGGCGGCCAAGAGAUGUGCUGAUGAGGCAGAACAGGUUACUGAGGAGGCAGAGAGACGUAUUAAGGAGGCAGAGAGACAGGCAGAGAGACGUAUUGAGGAGGCAGAGAGGCGUGCUGAGGAGGCAACAAGGCGUGCCGAGGCUGGCAUUGCUCAGGUGCUGAAGGAGAAGGCCAAAUAG